AGUUUACGGUGGGUGAGUAGAGCAGCAACAAUCCCUCGUGGUGUCUUUCUAGUUCAGUUAAAGCGCACCGACGACGAUCACCGAUGAUGGUUUCAGUCUUCAAAUCGCAAUCGCCGGGUGCAAACUCAAUAUGGGAAAAGUGUUUUUCGGUCAGAUAAUUCAUUCCAAGUCGCUGGACAACUUGGAACUGAUUACGGAUGGGUUCGUCGCAGUUCGAGAUGGAAAAAUCGUAGCAAUUGGUACGCGGUUGGAGUUUGAAGCUGUGCCGGAGAAAGAAACUUAUGAAAAAAUUAGCCUAUCUGAGUCACAAUUUUUGCUGCCUGGAUUCAUCGAUUGCCACAUCCAUGCGCCUCAGGUGCCCAACAUUGGGCUAGGUUUGGACAAGGAUCUGCUGGGGUGGCUGAGUGCGUACACGUUCCCACUGGAGGCACAGUACAAGGAUGUGGAAUUUGCCGAACAGGUUUAUCGCACGGUUGUGCGCGAUACACUCGCUAGUGGAACGACCUGCGCAUGUUAUUUUGCCACUAUCUACAACGGUAGCAAUAAGGUGCUGACUGAGGAGAUAAUUCGCCAGGGGCAGCGAGCUUUCGUUGGGAAGGUUUCCUCCAACCGUUGUUGUCCGGAUUUUUAUGUUGAAUGUGGUACGGAUGACUCAGUGAAGGAUAAUAUUGAUUUUAUAGAGUAUGUUUUGUCAAAAAACAUCGACCGAGUUAGACCGAUAAUCACACCGCGUUUCGCAAUUAGUUGCGAUAUGAAGUUGAUGCAAAAAUUAGCGGAGCUUGCGGAACGGUAUAAGUUGAACAUCCAGUCUCAUGUUUCGGAGAACCUGGGAGAGCUGGAUGCUGUUAGAGAAUUUUUCCCCAAAAACAAACAUUAUUGCGAUGUUUAUGAUGAGGCAAAACUGCUAACCAGUCGAUGUGUUAUGGCCCACGGAGUGCACCUGGAGGAUGACGAGUUGCGUGUGUUGGCUAGCCGGGGGACAUCCGUGGCGCACUGUCCGACAUCGAACACCAGCCUCGGUUCGGGAAUGUGUGACGUAAAACGGCUGCUGGCUGCCCGCGUGACAGUCGGACUUGGAACUGAUGUGUCCGGAGGGAAUAGAAUCGCAAUGAACGAUGUUAUCAGAGCAACACUGGACGUUUCGCAUCAUCUGAACAUGAUGAAGAAGCAGAACGUACAGGGAACUGGUAGUGUGGCACCGACUGAGGAUAAUGCUAAGUACGUGCCGUUAAACUAUAAACAAGCGAUUUAUUUGGCAACGCUGGGAGGAGCAGAAGCAUUAGCCAUCGCUGACAAGGUAGGAAACUUUCUCCCCGGAAAGGACUUCGAUGCUCUACUGAUCGACACUUCCGUGUACCCCAUCAAUCGCUAUCAGCUGCCACCCGCACUAACCGAGAAGAAAUCCGCCGAAGAAAAGCUGCUGGAGCUACUUCAAAAGUUUGUCUACGUGGGAGAUGACCGCAACAUAACCAGCGUAUUUGUGGCCGGUCAAAAAGUCAAAUAAAACGCCAAAUAUUAUUGUUUUCAAUACAUUCCAGUUGAACACAUAA